UGCACCACGGGCGCCGCUACGUUUCCGUCAUUGUUGAGAAGAAGCGGUAGAGUGAAGGGAGUGAGCGCUGUUACUGAGUAAUGAGCUUAUUAAAAUUAGCUUUCCAGUCAUAAGUAAUGUGUGAUAGUGAUGCAUUACAACAAACGCAAUAAAGGGUACAUUCUCAGAGGAAGUUAGAACAAAAACAGUUUAAAUUAGGUUAGCUGCGCCUAAUGAGCGAAAGUUAAAGUAGCAUUUGAGUAUUAUAUCUCUUGAAAUAAAUCGGACUUGCACGUUUUGAACCUCGUCUCUUGAUCUAAUAUGAGCCAUCACUGUAAAUUGUGUUCCGCUAAAACAAGUUCGUGGGUAAACGUGAAAAAAUAAUCAAAAAUAUUAUUCAUAUGUACCGAACGAUAUGAUAAAUGGAUUAUUAAAAUUAACUUAGUCAAACGAAACAGUCUAGUUGUGCGAGAGUGAAGAAAGGUCAUGAUCAUAGCACGGCUUAAAACACAAAGAACAUAAGUAAAAUGAAGCAGUGAUCAAAGAAAAAAGCGUUGCUUGUAUAAAAAUGCUGUGAAUAAUAUAAUUAAAACAUAAAUUUUUAGUAUCGUGAAAUGGCUGCUGAAUGAUGGUACGAUUAAAGCAGUGCAGUAGAGUCGUGUCGCGCUGGUGCCUGGUCUGGCCGCUGCUCCUCUGGUGCGUCGCCGCGGCUACGGGACCAACAGGUUGCUGCAACGAUCUCCUAAAUUCACCGGACAGAGACAGACGUCAGGUAAACUCGCGUUUGACCAAGCCUCUGGCAGCAGCCGUUCAAAUCGAAGCGCUACCAACACCGCGCCAGUUGUUGAACAACACAUCCAACGCUACGCUCGCAUCGGUACAGUCACCUAUCAUCCUACGUACUGUGACGGCCGGCAAUUCCAACAACACAUCCAGUCUUGUUUUCAUCCACUUACCUGACGCGAGCGGUAACCACCCGACACUCCUGCCAUCAUUAACACAGGGAGCUUCACUCAUCUCCAACACCGCGUUCAUCAAAAGGCUUAACUUGAGGAAUAGAGCUUCGACUACUGCAGCACAAGAUGUCGCAAGGGACAUUCUACCAGCAUGCUGCCGCCACUGCGUGCGGUGCGCGAGUUCGUCGACUUGCAUCGCGCACUCGCAGAUCUGCGACGGUCGCGCGGACUGCGCGCUGGCGGAGGACGAAGCGCCUUCCUUCUGUCAGGUGUUCCUGCAGGGGGCGUGCCCCUCGAACCUGGCGCCCUGCAGAGGGCUGUGCGUGCCCUGGGCCGUCGCCUGCAGCGACCUCUGCGACGUACAGCGGCCGCACUUCGAGGCUUGCUUUGCCGUGCGGCGACAACAAUUGGACAUUUCCUUCCUUAAUAAAAGCGACUCUGGAAGUCUGGACUUGCAACUGUACGGGGACCCUGCGACGAACGCCUCGACGCCCUUCCUGCGUCCUGCACUUCCGACAGUCCCUCUUCCCUUCACCGACAAGUAG